AUGUCGUGUGCGCUCGUCCGAACCGCCCCGUCGGCGCCCCGCGCGCGGGCCGCCAACCGCGCCCCCCCCGCGGGCGGCAGGCGCGCAUCCCGCCAAACCCCCGCGCGUCUCAUCGCGACGCCCCGCGCGGUCGAGGGCGGCGCGUCGUCCGUCGGCCCCGCCGUCGACGGCGUCGACGAUACCCAUCGCCGCGAGCGCGCUCGCCCGCAGCUCGCGUGUCCGAUAUGCCUCCGCGCGUUCGUCGCCGGGACGACGUGCGCGUGCUGCGCCAGGACGUUCCCCACGAUCGACGGCAAGAUCCUCGACCUCUGCCUCGACGCCGGCGGCGCCAACGGGACGUACACGGACCCGCCUUUGCGAAAGUCGGGGACGACGCUCUUCCAAUCCGAAGCCAUCGCGAACGUGUACGAAAACGGAUGGAGGCAGAGCUUCGCGUGGGCGGGAUUCCCGGGCGAGUCCACGGAGUGGGAGUACGCGAUGGAGUACGUCAAGGCGGCGGGUCACGGCGGCGGCGGCGGUGUUCUCCUGGACGUUUCCUGCGGUUCCGGUUUGUUCACCCGGCGGUUCGCGGCGUCCGGUGCCUUCGACCACGUCGUCGCGUCCGAUUACUCGGCCUCCAUGAUGAGACAAACCGUGACGUACUGCGACGCCGACGACGCCACGUGCUCCGCGGUCAAGGACGGCGCCCUGUCGUUCGUCAGGGCGGACGUGGGGCGGCUGCCGUUCGCGACGGGGAGCGUCGACGUCGUGCACGCGGGCGCGGCGAUGCACUGUUGGCCGAGCCCAUCCGCCGCGAUGGUCGAGGUCGCGAGGGUGCUUCGGCCGGGGGGCGUGUUCGUGGCGAGCACGUUCAUGGACCCGACGUCGAUGCUGGAGGACGUGUUCGGUGCCGGGGCGGAGGCGGCGGCGGCGCCCCUCGCCGAGGCUUUCGUGAACAGCGGCGUCGGCACCGGCGGCGCGUUUAACCAGUUUUGGCGGGAGAAAGAUCUGCGGGAUCUGACCGGGAUGUGCGGGCUGGAGGGGUUCGAGCGGCGGCGGUCCAGGCAGUUCAUCCUCUUCCGCGUCAACAAGCCUCUCUGA